CUGGAUUGUUCAAAUCCCAAGGCAACAUUGACGUUUCUAGAAAAAGGACUUACCAUGGAGAGGGAAGGAACAGACGCUACACAUGGUCACACAGAGCUGAGGAUGUGCAGUUCUACAGUACUUUGGUAGCUGGUGUUAGAGGUAAUCGCUUGUGCUGAAGCUGUUUGUGCUGUUUUGAAAUUGACAAGAAUUUGCAGAUGAUGGAAAAUGUUUCAGUUGUUAUGCUGUUUACUCUUUCAGGCUUAACUUUCACAUUAGAACAAAGAAUUACACUUUUCCUGCUGACUUUGCUGUGGUACUUAAUGAUUGUUUUGGGAAAUGUGUUUCUUAUUGUCACCAUUAUUGCAGACAGAAACCUCCAUGAGCCCAUGUAUAUCUUUUUGUGUAAUUUAUGCAUCAAUGCAUUGUAUGGAACUGUUGGUUUUUACCCCAAAUUCCUUCUGGAUCUUCUGUCAUCUCAUGUAAUUUCUUAUGCUGGAUGCAUGCUACAGGGUUUUGUAAUACACUCAUCAACUUGUGGUGAUUUUUCCAUCUUAGCUCUGAUGGCAUAUGACAGAUAUGUGGCGAUAUGUAGACCUCUAGUGUACCAUUCAGUUAUGACAAAACAGAGAGUCUCCAUCUUUGUGUUUUUAUCCUGGCUUUUACCCCUUUAUUGCAUGUUCAUGAACACAGCAACAUUGUUGGGAUCGAAGUUAUGUGGCUCACACAUAAACAGGAUCUACUGUGUUAACUGGAUGAUAGUUAGUCUUGCUUGCUCACCACCCAAAGCAAAUGCUGCAGUCGCAUAUUUUAAUAUUUUGUUUUAUUUUGGACAUUUUGUGUUUAUUUUUUGGUCUUACAUGUAUCUGAUAAAAACGUGCAGAUCAUCAAAAGAGGACCGUGGGAAGUUUAUGCAGACAUGCUUGCCACAUUUAAUCUCUCUGAUCAUUUUUACAACAAGUGUGCUUUUAGAUUUAUUGUACAUGAGAUUUGGGUCACUUGAUUUAUCUCGAGACCUCUAUAAUUUUAUGGCAAUGGAAUUUCUGCUUAUUCCUCCAAUUGUGAAUCCACUUAUAUAUGGGUUCAAACUGACCAAAAUCCGAAUCAAAAUUCUAAAUUUAGUUUGUAAUAGAGUGAACAAUACAAAGGGUCUUCCCAGGACAACUCACAUCAGAUGUGAGCCCUCAAACUCUGACAUAAACACUGGAAAAUAA